AGAAAAUGGCGAUCCAAUGCUUGUGCUCUGGGAUCAUCAUUGAGGGAAUGACGUCAGAGGCAGGCACCACCGACGAAGUAUAAGACUGGACACGCAGCAACAUCGUCACUUCUCCAUUUUCGUUCCACCCUUUGUCUACCUCUCUCCUUAUAUCCAAUAUUAUCUAAAACCUCCCAUUUACCAGCUAAACAAACAAAUAAAUAAACGGUCCAUCCGUCUUCCACCACAAACCAACCGAUUCCUCCUCAAAUACCCCACAACAAAUACACAACAAAAUGCCCUCCGACUCCUCCGAUAAGGGCGUCACCGGUGCCGCCAAAUUCCUCACAUCCACGCUCGGAAAUACCGUCGGCGGCGUCUCGAAGACAGUCGGUGGCGUUGCCGGCACUGCAACCCGCGGCAUUGGCGAUACCGUUACUAGCGCCACUGGGAGCACGGGGAAGCCUGUGGGCGAUGCGCUGGGGAGUGCGGGGACCGGACUAGAAGAUGGGAUGAAGAAGGUUGGAAAGGGUGUUGAGAAUGCGGGGCAGUGGAAAUGAAGUUAUUGAACUCUGACUAUGGGGUUCGAUUUGAUUUCGAUAUGUUACGAUAUGAUGUUGGAUUGGUAUAUAUAAUGAUUAUUUUGAAUUGAUGAUACCUAUUCUAUGGCCUUGACGCCUUAUGUCAAUGAUAUGGUGAUUGCCGCCCCAAUAAAAACCCCCUUAGAGAGAUUUCACGGUCUUGACAAGUCUCCUCAAACCCUCCCGCAGAAAAUCCUCGUCAUGGGAGUAGACAAGCCUAAACCAGCCCAGGUCCUUGCAAUGCUCCUCACCUGGGUGCAAGAAUAGCCCAUUAUCGAGGAGCCUCUGAGCGAGUGCGAAUUCCCGUUC